UAAUAGUAAAAAUUGAGAUGAUAUGAAUAUAAUUAGCACAUUUUUUUGCAUUUCAGCCAGAAGAUGUAGACGAAAAUGUCGAGAUCUAAAUUUUAUAUAUAAAAAAAAUAUCAAUAAAAAUAUUGAAAAAAAUGUCAAAAGUCAAUGGAUAUUACUAAAGAUAUUAUAAAAAAAAAAAUAAAUAUGUUGCAUUCAAACAAGUUAACUAUGUAUUAUUUAUCAUAUGUUUUAUGUUUAAUGACUUUUUUACUAUAUUAUGAAAAUAAUUUCGAAAUCAUAGAACUAUAGAAAUCAAAUUACAAGCAGAAAUUUAAAAUUAAUUCCAUUGUUAAAAAAUAAUAAAUAAAUGAGUUCUUUUUUUUCUUUGUUUUUUCGGCGUAAAGCCACGUCGUACGGACGAGUAAGUAUAAGCAAGUCCGUUGUCGCGGGAAAUUUUCAACGGAGCUCUAAAGUCUAAAGAAAGGAACGGGAAAGGAAAGAGCGGUUCAGCAAACCCUAGAAUCUGAGAGACCACAUUGAUACUGAUGAAAAGAUAAACAUCACUUUUCUGGAUUCAAAGGCUUUGAUUUAGCAAUUCUCAAUGGAGUCAUCAACUCCGGAGGUUUCAAUGGAGGUCCAGCAACAAAAUAUUUUUGCUCUUCUUCAUUUUUUGAUGGAGUGCAAUAGGAAUCAUAGAUUAACUUCUAGGGUGUUGGAACCGGAGAACUACUUUGUUUCAAUGAUGAAAGAUGCAGUACUUGAUUCUGCAAUGAUAGUUGACUCACUUACUGUUUUAAGUCUUUCUGAAGAUGAGAAUGAGAUUGUCAAUGUUCCAAAAGAACAUGUUGAGGAUAACUUGCCUAAGUUUCAUCCACCUCGGAAGGGUCUUUCAGCGAUUAGAAGCUUUCCUCCUGGGUGUGGAAGAGGUGCUCCUCCGGUUGGAAUUCGACAUGGCUCAAAAUGCUUGCAGAAGAAUGAUUCAAGAGCUAAGAAAAGAAAUGGGGAUGAUGAAGCAUUAACUAAAGUUGCAAGGAAAUCAAGUGGUGAGAGUUUCUCUCGAGCUAGUCCAAUCACUGGCAGAAUAGGGUCUGUAGACUAUAACAUUUUGGAGGAUCCACUGAGGAAGACAUCUAGGAAUGAGGACAGAAGUACAGGGAGAAAGUUUUCGAGAGGAUUUGAUAAUGUGAAAUCCAAGCAAGGAGAAAUUGCAACUUGCCCUGAACCUUUGGCAAAAAGGGUUGUGGUGCAGGGUUUGACGGCAUCACCAAAUUGCCCAUGGAGGCAAGGCAAGAAGACGUUUAAAUCAAUACAAACCAACAUAAAUCUUGAAGGCAAAGGGAUUUGAGACCGAUGAUUUGAUCAAGUUUCUCUGUGAUACUAUGUAUAAACCCACGGAAUAAGUCAUUCCAUACAAAGUUCUGUCAGCUCAUGUUCAAUGGUUUCAUUGUCAUUCAUGAUCCUCAUCCUAUGAUAAUUAGUAUCUA